AUGGAGGCGUCCAUGGCGCCCUCAGCAAGGAUGGUGACCCCGCCCUACCACCACAGCAUCGUCUCCACUGCCCCGACCAAUCUUCUCUACAGGGGCGCCAUCCCGGCACUCCGCAAUCUGCAUUUCAUUGCAACUCUCCAGCUCAAGACAUUCGUUGUCCUCUCCAAGAAAUCACUCGAAGACGACCAUCCCCUGUUGAGAUGGGCCAAGCAAACGGGAGUGACCAUCUAUUGGGAAGCUGCCGAGCAGAUGAGCGAGGAAAAGUUGGGCAUGGGGCGGCCACAAGUGGACCAGUGGAUACUAGAUACUACUACGUACCCCCUGUACAUUGCAGAUGUCGACGGAAAGUCACAUACGACUCUUGUCGUAGCUUGCUUGCGAAAGCUUCAAGGUUGGCAUCAAGACACCAUCUUGGAUGAGAUAUGCCGGUAUCAGGAAGACCAAGAAGAUCUUCCCCUUCUGCCCUUUGUGACUGCAUACCUCGCACCUACCUCUCAAGAGACUUUGACUCUCCCUCCGCCCCCUUAUCCAUCUUGGAUCUGGCCCUCUGCAUCUUCCGAAGUAGAUUUUAAACCCUCGGUUUCCCGGCCCUCCCAAGCUUUCCCCUCACCGAAUCCCCCUUACCCACAACCACAGACGAAAGACCGUCCUUCUUCCUCCUUAUCCGCUGCUUCAUCGACCAGUUCCAACAUCUUGCCCUUCCCCCACCCCCUACAGGCGCGCAAACACCCCACCAUGCGCCUCACCUUCCCAACUCCACCUGCCUCUUCAUCAAAUCCCACCCCCAAUCAAAGCGCUGCGGGUCAAAAAGAUAUGCAGGUUGCAUCACCUGUAGCUGUGAUCGGUGACGGUCUCGCUCGCAUACCGAGUCGCCGUGAGAGGGAGAGAGACAAGGAGCGAGUAACGAAAGGCGGGGAAAGAGUCCUCUCACCCCAUCCUCCUGGCAAGGAUCAGACAGCGCCCGUACUACACGUACCCACUCCAACGCGCUCAACGACUAAUUCCCCCUCUCGCCGGUCUCACCACCACCAUCAUCAUCAUCAUCAUCAUCAUGACGUUGGCCAGGUGCAGACAGCUGCUCGAAGUAGACCAGACUCGGCCCCAGGGAACGAGUCGCGCUUGCGUCAAGGGAUUGGUUCGCCAGAUGAGGGCGUCUUGGGUGCCGCUGCCCAUUUGAUGACUGCUGGACUGAGUGGCAUAGCACAUGCUUUGGGUGCCACCCCUCCGCAUGCUGAGGACGAUCAGGAUGGACAGAAUGGCAAGACCGUAGAGGAGGGAGGAGGGUAUGAUGAUGAAGCGGAAGAAGGCGACUUGACUGUCAGGCAGAGCCCCAUUGAAGCCCUCAAAGCCGUGUCUCCUUCUCUAUCUACUACGCGAGACUCUGAGGACUUGCGAUCGGUCAGUUCUGCCACCGGUACUUCAACAGAAUUCGGUAUGGAUACCGGAGCGAGCACCGCGGGAACGGAGACGGGUCUUGAAACGGACGAGGAGGAACAAGUAUCGGAAGAAGAGGAUGAGGAUGGAGAAGAUGAAGACGACGAGGACGAAGAGGACGAAGAGGACGAGGACGAGGACGACAAUCAGGCAACGUCCCAAUUUAUAAGCGCCCUUGACUUGGCUGGAUUUUAA